AGGGCGCCAGCUGCAACGGCACACCAACAGUCCUCGCUUCGCCGGUGCCAUGGCCGGCAUGAUCAAGAGCACAUGCUCUCUCCUUGCCGGUCUUCUCCUUCUUAGCUUUGGUGGCGACGUUCAUGGCGCUGGCGACAACAAAGACCAGUUCGUCUACUCUGGAUUCACCGGCGCGCCCCUCUCGCUGGACGGCACUGCCAGCGUCACGCCGAACGGCCUCCUCGAGCUGACCAAUGGCACGAUCCACCUCAAGGGCCAUGCGGUUCACCCAACGCCGCUGCGUCUGAAGAGGUCACCAGGAGGCGCCGUGCGGUCCUUCUCCAUGUGGUUCGUCUUCGGCAUCCGCACCAACUACCCUGAGCUGAACCUGAGCGGCCACGGUAUCGUCUUCUUCAUCGGGACCAAGAACUUCUCGACGGCUUUCCCGGGUCCGUACCUGGGCCUCCUCAACGACCGGAACAACGGCAACACAACCAACCAUGUCUUUGGCGUCGAGCUCGACACCAUAAUGACCACCGAGUUUCGCGACCCGGACAACAACCAUGUCGGCAUAGACAUCAAUGGCCUCCAUUCCGUUGCUGUCCAUGCCGCUGGCUAUCACGACGACAAGACCGGUGCUUUCCGGGACCUGUUACUGAUCAGCGGCAAGGCCAUGCAAGUCUGGGUGGACUACCACGGGGAAUCCACGCAGAUCAACGUGUUCUUGGCCCCCCUGGAGAUGGCCAAGCCUGCAAGGCCGCUAGUAUCUUCCAUGUACAACCUCUCACAAGUGCUGCUGGAGCCAUCAUUUCUUGGGUUCUCGUCGUCCACGGGCUCGAUGAUCAGCUCUCGCCACUACGUGCUGGGUUGGAGCUUUGCCAUGGAUGGACCUGCUCCAGCCAUUGACAUCAGCAAGCUGCCCAAGUUGCCAGAGAAGGUCUCCAAGAAACAGCACUGGGUAUUGGGUAUCACUCUGUCAACAGCCAUCAUAGUGUUCGCCCUCGGAGUGGUUUCAAUCAUGGUCUUGCUUAUUCGAAGGCGUAUAAAGUACGCCGAGGUGAGAGAGGACUGGGAGGUUGAGUUUGGUCCACACAGAUUCUCCUACAAGGAUCUGUACCGUGCAACGGAAGGUUUCAAGAGCAAAAUGUUGCUUGGCACCGGUGGAUUUGGGGGUGUGUACAAAGGAGUGCUUCCCAACUCUAAGAUGGAGAUCGCGGUGAAGAAAGUGUCACAUGAUUCAAGUCAAGGAAUAAAGGAGUUCAUCGCGGAGGUGGUCACCGUUGGCCGUCUCCGCCACCGCCACCUUGUUCAGCUUCUGGGUUACUGCCGGCGAAAUGGUGAGCUCCUCCUGGUCUACAACUUCAUGCCAAAUGGCAGCCUUGAUCAGUACCUGUAUGACCCCAAGUGUAAGAAUACACUACACUGGGCCCAGAGGUUCCAAAUCAUCAAAGGCAUCGCAUCCAGCUUGUUGUACAUCCAUGAGGAAUUCGAGCAGGUUGUCAUACACCGUGACAUCAAGGCGAGCAAUGUUCUCCUGGAUAGUGAGAUGAACGGAAGGCUGGGUGACUUCGGUCUCGCAAAACUGUGUGAUCAUGGUGCAGAUCCACAGACAACGCACAUAAUUGGCACGAUGGGGUACCUAGCCCCUGAGUUAGCGCGCACGGGGAAGGCGUCUCCUAUCACCGAUGUGUUUGCCUUUGGUGCAUUCGUUCUUGAAGUCGUCUGCGGGCGGAGACCUAUUGACCAAGCCAUGCAGGACAACCGGCGCAUAUUGGUCGACUGGGUGCUCGAGCAUUGGCAAAAGGAAGCACUCAUGGAGGUAGUUGAUGCACGGCUCCACGGCAACUAUGACGCUGAUGAGGCGAUACUUGUAUCAAAAAUAGGAUUGCUGUGCUCGCAUCCCGUCCCUAGUGCAAGGCCUACCAUGCGGCAAGUGAUGCAGUAUCUUGAUGGAGACAUGGCAUUCCCGGAGCCAACACUUUCACAGAUGAGCUUUAGUAUGCUAGCACUUGUGCAAAGUGAAGCGUCGAUGAGUAUGUCCAUGGUAAGUGGCCUCUCUGGAGGGAGAUGAUAUUCUCAUGCUGCUCAGAAUCCUAGUUAAUACUCUAUGUAGCAGUGCUAAAACUUGUUUUCUGGAUAUUAUAUAUGUAUGACAGCUGGUAUGUAAAUCUCUGUAAUGUUUAGAGCAAGUUGCAUUAGAUGUCUCUAAACUUAUGGUCAAAAAAUAUAACAAGGAAUACCCACCUUUGGUUCAUGAUC